AAAUAAUUAUCUUAAUAAUUAAUUAUUAACUAAUUCAAAUGAAAAACUUGACUAUAGUGAUCUUUUUAUGUAUAUGAUGAAAAUGUCUCGACAAAGUAAGUUUGUUAAUUAAGAAAAUAUAUUCAUUAAGAAGUAAAACUAUCAGAUUUUUUUCCUAUUAAAAGUUUCAACAUAUAUAGAGAUGAGUAUGUACUCGUGCUUGCUCAACUCUGCUAUUGCUUUUUCUAAAAAAACGUUUGAAAAAGCAAUAGGAACUCUUUUGGCUUCUUAAAUUUGCCAUGUCUCUUGUGUAUCCUAAAGAAAAACUUGUUAACCCAACAUAAAUAUAUUCAUUAUCUUGAAGACGAGAAUAAAGAGUUGUUAAAAUAUGAGACAGGUUUUUUUACAUGAUUAUUAAGAUGUGAACAAGCUGAUCAAUGGACCUAGAGUAAUGAUAAAGAAAAACUUAAACAUUUGCUAAGUCUAUGAGUGCGCUAAAAUAAAUGUUUCUUGCAGUAUUUUCUCAAUAUCCUUGGUAAGAUUCAUCGUCAUGUCUUAAUCUUUUUGUCUAAAAAAAUACUCAUAGUUCAAUUUUUUACCAGAAUGUAUUCCAAGUUCUGCUGUAAAACGUUAAGCAGAAAUAUAACCUAAGUAGUACUAUGAGGCUCUAAGAAGAUCAAUGUUCAAAGAAAAAUUUUUCAGAACAAUUCAGCAUUUUGUUUUCUAGUUUCGUAAAAAUUAAAACAAUAUGCUAAAAUACGUUGACGAGUAUAACUAAGUUUAAUUGGUAAAAGUUAAUUUAAGUUUGCUACCGAACUGUCCACUUGAGGAAGAAAGUUGAAAUGAACUCAUUAAAAAGUUGAUUAUUUUGUUCUAAAAAAAUUGAAUCUAUGCCAUUCAUGAGAUUGUUUGAUUCUUGAACUAAGAAUUCACACGAGUCAUUUCGUAUGAAACACAAGCUAUAUAAUAUAUUAUUUAGAUUCUUCAUUGGCUUUACAUCUGUUCAGCAAUAUAAUUCGAAUUUUAUUUGAAUGUUUAACAUUUCCUGACGCAUAUUGUGUUAAUCGUUUUUUACCUAUUAUUCUUCCGAUAACAAAAUUUUAUACGGAUAUUAUUGAUAAACAUGUGAAUAUAUCUUCAUUAAUUGAUAUUAAGCUUUUAUUUCAAUGUUUACUUAAAGCACUUGAAAGACAUAAUGAAAAUGAAAGUGUUAAUACAAAUCUUAUAUCAUUAAUUGGUCAUAUAUAUGAAUUAUGGUAUAAUCAAUAUGGUCAACAACUUGACUGUGUUUUACAUCAAACAGUUCCACAAAUAAAUAUUGAAUUAUUAAAUACAUAUAAAACACGUUUAUUAACAAAUAAUGAUACAAAUAAUAAUACUAAUAAUAAUAAAAUAUCACACGAACAAGAAAACAAAAACUAUGAAAUUUAUGAAAUCUACCUAACUACUGUUGCCUUAUUCGACUAG